GGGAAGUCAUAAUGGCCUAAGGUAUCGUUUUUGUCUUCCAAAAGGAUCCAAAUUUGAAAUCUGGUUUUGCCAUCGAGCAUAUGGGCCUUUCGUUACUUUAAAUCAGAUAUCACUGACGAAAUGUUGUCACGCUAAAGUAGGGUAGAAGCUCAAGUAUAACCCUUGGCAUCUGGUCAUGGUUCAAGAUGACAAAGUUCUUUCUGAAAUAUCUUUCGUAUAAUUUCAGUAUGGAGUGUUAAUAUAAUUAAACUAAGCUAACUUAAGAGGUAUCGGAUUUCGAACAUAUCAUUCUCUGAUCCGGAUUAUAUAUAUAAACACUGGUGCAUAAUUUUUGCUGUCUACUGUGCAUUCAAUGUUUUGAAAAAUUGAUUUGACAUAAAACAGCUCUCGUGAGUAAGAUAACUCAUUUCGUAUUUUAAAAAGGGUUCGAAUUACUAGGAGAAGAUUUGAGAUGGGAAUCUAAGCUUAAAACUUCUUCGCCAUCCCGAAAUGGAUAUAUUUGAUCCGCAUCGCAAAUUUAAUGCGAACUAAAACUUAUUACUCUGCAGAUUUGCUGUGGAGUCCGGCGCAAAUCUCCGAUUCCCCGAUUCUGAAGAUGACUCUAACAUAGGGUACGAUGGUGUAAAUGUUCUGAAAAAUAUCAGCAUUUCAAAUGAUGAAGUUUUUGGAUAUGAGGUGCCCGAUGUGGGAUCGGCGAGCGGUGCACGGUGCCCCGUUGCUCUUGCUGUUGCUGCUGCUCACGACGGUGCUCACCAGGUCGGACAUCGUGAGCAGGGAGUCAGCCCUGGCCUGGACAUGGUUCCCGCACCUGGUCUCCAAGGACACGGAUAUGGAUCCAGCAAAGGCAGAGAUAUUUGAGGGGGAUAUCAUCAUAGAUCGUUCAUCUCAUCGUAACUUUUCCAGCGCCCAUGGCCUCAGGAGGAAUUCUAUUUCUAGACGCCGAAGAAAAGGGAGUCGAAAGAGGCAUUCUCGACGUCGAACGGGUCGUGCCGCAACAGCAAGAACGGACAGGCUUUGGCCACAUGCUAUCAUUCCUUACGAAAUCGAAGCCAACUUCAGUGGUGAGCACAGGGCACUGUUCAAGCAAGCUAUGAGGUACUGGGAAAACGAAACUUGCGUUCAGUUUGUGGAAAGAAGUCCUGCCCAGCAUCCAGAUUAUAUAGUUUUCACAGAAAGAGCAUGUGGGUGCUGUUCUUUUGUGGGACGCCGAGGUAAUGGAGCACAAGCUAUAUCCAUUGGAAAGAACUGUGACAAGUUCGGGAUAGUAGUUCAUGAACUGGGACAUGUGGUCGGAUUUUGGCAUGAGCACACACGGCCAGACAGAGACAAACAUGUUCAAAUCAUCACUAGGAACAUAGUUGCUGGUCAAGAAUACAACUUCAACAAAUUGACGGAGGAAGAAGUGAACUCUCUUGGUCUUAAUUAUGAUUACGAAAGUAUCAUGCAUUAUGCCAGAAACACAUUUUCCCGAAGUACUGCUUUGGACACAAUAUUGCCCAUUAGAGGGAAAGUUGUCGAAAUUGGCCAACGAGUCCGUCUGUCUGCUGGAGAUAUAGCACAGACAAACAUGUUGUACAAAUGUCCCGCAUGCGGCAGAACGUAUCAAGAGCCAUCCAGCAUUUUCCAGUCUCCUGGAUAUGAAAGCAACAAGAUCUCAACAACUCAUCAGAGAUGCGAAUGGCGAAUUUCGGCAACUCAAGGAGAAAGAAUAUCAUUCGAAUUGACAGGUUUGGACAUUGACCCAAACUGCGAUUCAGGUUACCUGGAAAUUCGUGAUGGCUAUUGGAACAAAUCGCCACUCCUUGGCAGGUUCUGUGGCAAUCGAGUAACUAAAGAAAAAAUCAUUUCAUCAGGUCACAGAAUGUUCGUCAUCUAUCACACAUUACCAUCUCCAAUCUUUUACAAGGGUUUUCAAGCAAGAUAUGAAGCUCUUUGUGGCGGACUUUUGGAGCAGGCCGAGGGGACGAUCCAGAGCCCCAACUAUCCAGAUGAAUAUAGAGCCAACAAAGAAUGUGUUUGGAAGAUAUCGGUAGCACCAGGGAGUCAAGUAGCUCUCACAUUCCAAGCAUUUGAAGUGGAGUUCCACGAUAAUUGUGGGUAUGACUUUGUGGAAAUUCGUGACGGUCUGGACCUCCACAGCACCUUCUUGGCGCGCCUCUGUGGCUACAAAAUUCCAGAGGAAGUGCGCUCCACUUCCAACCACAUGCUCGUCCGCUUCUUUUCGGACAGCUCCGUCCUCAAAAUGGGAUUUUCCGCAACAUUCGUCACCGAGGUGGAUGAAUGUGCCGAUGACAGCCACGGGUGCGAGCAGAAAUGUGUCAACACCAUUGGUGGCUACAGGUGCGAAUGCGCCAUUGGAUUCGAGCUGCAUUCGGACGGAAAGAGGUGUGAAGAUGCCUGUGGCGGUGUCCUGAAAGGCGAGAGAGGUGUCAUCACUAGUCCGUCUUUUCCCGAUCUCUACCCUUCAAACAAACAGUGCAUCUGGGAGAUCGUGGCUCCACCUCAUUAUCGAAUCACCCUCAACUUCACGCAUUUUGAUCUCGAAGGCACAAAUCAAGAAUGUGAAUACGACAGUGUCGAUCUCCGCACCAGAGGAUCUCCGGAUGAAGAGUGGAAGAAACAGGGGACAUAUUGUGGUUCCCGACUACCUCCUGUUCUCACAUCAGAAGGGAGUGCCCUCAGAAUAGAGUUUGUGUCAGACAACUCGGUGCAAAAGAGUGGAUUUGCAGCGCUCUUUUUCACAGAUCAAGACGAAUGUGCUUCAAAUAAUGGAGGAUGCCAGCAGAUAUGCAAAAAUACAGUCGGCAGUUAUCAGUGCUCCUGUCAUAAUGGAUUCGUCCUUCAUCCGAAUGGCCAUGACUGCAAAGAAGGAUCUUGUGUUCAUCAAAUUUCAUCUCCAGACGGGGUUGUAUCCAGCCCCAAUUUUCCCGAUCAUUAUCCAAGCAGAAAAGAGUGCACCUGGAAGUUUGAGACAACACCAGGCCACAGAAUAAAACUUGUAUUCGACUCUUUCGAACUAGAGCCCCAUCAGGAAUGUGCAUACGAUCAUGUAGCCUUGUAUGAUGGAGAGUCUGCGGACGCUCCUCUGCUGGGACGCUUUUGUGGCAGCAAAGUACCCCAUCCCAUCAUUUCCACAGCUCAAACCAUGCUCAUGGCCUUUCGAUCUGAUCCCUCCGUACAAAGGAAUGGAUUCAGGGCCACACAUUCCACAGUUUGCGGAGGGCGCUUGAGUGCCACCCAGAAGCCGUCUCUGCUGUACUCGCAUGCCAAGUACGGUGACCAGAACUACGGUAGUAGGGCAGACUGCAAUUGGAUCGUCACUGCUCCCAAUUCCGGGAAGGUCCGGAUCCACUUUCAGAGCUUCGAUCUGGAGCCUGAGCAGGACUGCGCCUAUGAUUACGUGCAAGUGUUCGACGGGUUUGAAACCAGCCCAAGCCUGGGAAAGUUUUGUGGCAAUAAGAUACCCCCGGAUUUGACUUCGUCCGGCUUUCGCCUGCUGAUCCGGUUCCAGUCGGACGACAGCAUCUCCGGGAAGGGGUUCUCCCUGGUCUUCUCGGAGGUCUUCUUCUGAUCGUUCUUCGGAUGUCCGUUCUUCCGAAAGCCAUCUACUGCCAUCUCAGAAAUCCGAUUCAUCCGGAUUUUCGACCCAUAGCUGCUUUAGUCUCUGUUCGUCGUGACGUGUCCAAUAAAUGUUCUGUUCGGUCACACC